AUGUCACAGGUGCAUCAAAACGUACAGCGAGAUGCCUCGCUGGUGACAACAGCCGGCACAGUCCGAGUAUGGGGGGAGCACCACACUACUGGUGUGUGCAGCUCACUAUCCCUAACACACCACGUCUCCGAAACGUGGGAGCUCCCAGAGGAAACCCACACAGGGGAAAACUCCUUCCGGGCAGCGGCGGAGAUUGUUGGCAGUUUAAAGCGUUACGCUACCCAGGGCGCUCGGAAGGCAACGGAGAGCCCGCGAGUGUGCGGGCCCGUGUGUCAGUGUGUCACACUCUCGCUCUGCUGUCUGCAGAGGGAGGCGCUGUCGAUGAUGGACCAGGUGUGUCACUGGGUUCGGGUGGACCCGGCUGGGCUGGGACGACCCCACCUGCCCGGGGCCCCUGACACCAGCUCCCUGGCGGUGCCCAUGAUGCUGCUGUGCCUCGUGCAGCAGCUCGAGGAGGGCGUGUCGGAGAGGGAGCAGAGGUACCGGGAGGUCGGCGAUUGGAGCGUGCGGAAAAUCCUCCAACACCUGAAGAGGGACGGGACGGCCGUGCUGGAGACGGUGUCCUCCGAAGGAAACGAGCUCCCGGGAAGCCAGGGACGGCUGAUGAACCCAGGCCACGCGCUGGAGGCCGGCUGGUUUCUCCUGCGAUGGGCGGAGGCUACGGGCUCGCAGGAGCUGAUGGCGACAGCGCUCGAGGGAUUCCUGGUCAGGCCGUUCCGCACGGGCUGGGACCAACAGCACGGGGGGCUGUUCUCCUUCCUCGACGUGGACGGGCUCCCCCCCACCCAGCUCGAAUGGGACAUGAAACUCUGGUGGCCCCACACUGAAGCUCUGGUGGCCCUCCUGUUGGGCUACAAGCAGAGUCGUGACCCCCAGCUCCUCGACUUCUUCCGCCAGGUCUUUGACUACAGCUUCAGCCACUUUCCGGAUCAGGAGCACGGAGAAUGGUACGGCUACCUGAACCGGCGCGGAGAGGUCACCCACUCCUUCAAGGGAGGACCUUUCAAAGGGUGCUUCCAUCUGCCCCGCAGCCUCUACCUCUGCGAGACCACUCUCGACUCCCUGCUGGCAGAGAGCUCGAUGUCCUGAGGAACGGGGGCUUCCAGGAAGGCGAGGCUCCUCCUUCCUCCCCCGCACCGCUGGAUCAAAAGGGAGGGGAGCAGCCAGGAGCCCCGCUGUCGACCGCAAUGAAGGAACCCCCGCCUCCCCACCCCACUUUCAGAAUUACCUCUGAUUCUCCAGCUUCCAAGUCCAGAGCUUAUUCACAAUGCACAAGGCGACAGAGUGGGUGUGGGGGGAGGGGCUGCACUCUGUGUCUGACCCCGGGAGUGUGUGAUGGGACGGUGUGGAGGGAGAUUCACUCUGUGUCUGACCCCGGGAGAGUGUGAUGGGACGGUGUGGAGGGAGAUUCACUCUGUGUCUGACCCCGGGAGAGUGUGAUGGGACGGUGCGGAGGGAGUUUCACUCUGUGUCUGACCCCGGGAAUGUGUGAUGGGACGGUGUGGAGGGAGAUUCACUCUGUGUCUGACCCCGGGAGAGUGUGAUGGGACGGUGCGGAGGGAGUUUCACUCUGUGUCUGACCCCGGGAGAGUGUGAUGGGACGGUGCGGAGGGAGUUUCACUCUGUAUUUGACCCUGGGAGUUUGAAAUUGUUCCUUGUAUUUCAAUAUUUUUUACAUGGUGUUGAAAUCCUCUUCGCUGGGGACACUCCCCUAUCCACUCCCAACACCAGCAGCCCCACAAUGCCUGUGAGGAACCAGGGGGUCACCCCGUUCUCCCACUCUAGUGACACCUGGCCACAGGUACGUCCUCUGAGGAGGGGUGGGUGGUCAGCUGGGACCCAGUCCCCUGCCCAUCCUGCGGCCAGGAUCCACCAAUGACCCAGAAACAAAUCCCCCAACCCCCCAGCACACCUUCCCCCCACCUCCGGAAGCAGGUCUUCCAAAGUUUGGGAAUGUUUGGGGUGGGUGUGGCCAGAACUGGAGGAAAACUAAAUCAAGAGGAUUAGAAAAUUAAACUUGUUACACGGAGCGCUGCAGCACAGAAGCAGGCCCUUCGGCCCUUCUAAUCUGUGCUGAACUCUUACUCUGCCUGUACCCCUUGAACCACACCUAUACCACGAGCAACCAUACCCCUCCAUCUAUGUACCUGUUCAAAUCUCUCCCCUAUGGUGCAUCCCUCACUUCCACCAGCAGCUCGUUCCACACUGAGUGAAGAACUUUCUGCCUCGGGUUCCCCUUAAAUAUUUCACCUUUCACCCUAAACCCGUGACCUCUGGUUUUCGUCUCACCGAACCUUGGAAAAAGCCUGCUUGCAUUUACCCUAUCUGCACCCCUCAUAAUUUUGUACACCCCUAUCAAUCUCUCCUUAUUCUCCUACCCUCCAGGGAAUAAUGUCCUAUCCUAUUCAACCUUUCUCUGUGACUCAGGUUCUCAAGUCCCUAUAAUAUUCUUCUAAAUUUUUAACAUAGUUCAGUACUCUGAGAUCAAUUUAACCCUUCCUUCCUGCAUCAUUGCCCUCAUAAUGUGAUGUGUUGAGUGAUGUCAUCAUUAUUUGCUGUGUCACAUGAAAUCAUUAGGUGCUGUGUCGUGUGAUCAUGGUUUAUCUGUGACCGUGACUGUUCUUGGCAAAUCUUUCUGCAGAACGGGUUGCAGUCGCCUUACUCUGGGGUAGUGUGUUUACAGGAUGGGUGACCCCCCCCCCCCCAACCC